GCCACGAUCAGACAGAACAGUAUCAACUCUUCGAAGACUCCAGAAUGAAGUUCAUCAUUUUCCUUGCUAUUUCCUUGGCUGUGUUGUGUCUGGUGAAGUCUACACCGCUGCCAGAGGAGCCCAUCGUGGAGGAUGUGGCCAAACCAUUGGUUCAACUGAUGGAGCAACCCGUCCAGGCUGUCUCCGUGCACAGUCGCCAGAAGCGAGCCACCUGCGAUCUGCUUUCGAAGUGGAACGUAAAGCACACGGCCUGCGCCGCCCACUGCCUGGCAAAAGGCUACAAGGGUGGACACUGCAACAACAAAGCUGUUUGUGUCUGCCGUCAUUAAUCCUGAUGCGGAAUGAGUUUUAAUCUUGAAAAUAAAGUUAACAGUACAUUAAAAACCUCAA